AUGGAGAAGAUUGAUCUUCACGCACACUGCGUACCGGCCUCCUAUCGCGAGUACUGUCUCGAGAAUGACUUCGCAGGAAGAGGCCAUCCCGACGGAAUGCCAGCGAUUCCGGAUUGGGAUGCCCUUUCCCACAUUGAGCUGAUGAAAAAGCUCAACAUCACAAAAUCAGUUCUCAGCAUGUCGUCACCAGGCACACAUCUGACUCCGGGGAAUGACGAAGAGGCCCGGUCUCUGACCCGCCGAAUCAACGAGGACAUGUCAAAGGUUUGCUCCGAGCACAGCGAACACUUCAUUUUCUUCGCAUCCCUUCCACUGCCCGAUGUCGAAGGCUCUCUUGCCGAGAUCGACUACGCCCUUGACCACCUCGGUGCCGUAGGUUUCCAAAUCUUGACCAAUUCCCACGGCAUCUACCCCGGAGACCCAAGGUUCGCAGGAGUGUUCGACAAACUCAGCGAAAGAAAAGCAACCGUCUUUUUCCAUCCGACUAGCUGCCACAUACAGAGCCCGGAAACUGAAUCUGUCAUCCGGGUAACUCCGAACCCAGGAGUACCCAACCCCUUGAUGGAAUUCAUGUUCGAUACCACCCGCUCCAUCGCCAGUCUUAUCACUUCUGGAACAGUGACUAGGUGCCCAGGAAUCACUUUCUUGAUAUGCCACUGUGGAGCGACAUUACCGCCAAUCAUAUCACGUAUUGCGGAAUUUUCCAAGUUCCUAGGUGGGAACGCCGUAACAGAGAAGGAAAUCAAGAACGUGCUGCAGACUCGUUUCUAUAUUGAUAUCGCUGGUGUUCCUUUCCCGGACCAGAUUCAUGGAAUGCUGCGGGCUGUCGAUACAUCUAGACUUGUGUAUGGGAGUGACUAUCCAUACACCCCGGCUCCUGCUGUUGGGGCUUUGGCCAAAAGAUUGGACGAUAAUCUCGAGGAGAGCUUUGGAUCGGGAACGGCGCAGAAAAUACUGUCUAAGAAUGCCAAGGGGCUGAUGUCUCAAUUCCGGCCAGCUCUCUAG